AUGGACCCGAACACUUCGGCUCACUACAACAUGUCCCCGAAGUCCGCGGUGUCAGACUUUAGCAUGCUCCCAUCUCCAGCACUGCCGCCAUACACAGCUCUGGAGCCAUCUGCCACAUCUGCAUCAUCGUUUUAUCAACAAGAACCUCUUAAGCAAGGUGCCCAAUCUCUCUCGGACGGGAGAUCGAACCGCCACUCGACCUCAUACACGUACUCGAUCAAUAGCUUUCAACACGUUGACGACAACAACAGCACGCACUCCCAACUCCCGGCCGAACUUCCACAAUAUCCCGAACCCUCUGAGCUUCCAUCUGGACAAGUUGCUCAUGCUCAUGCCCAGUACAACCCGCAUAGCGACAUUCACCACCCAGUGCGUGUCGCAACCGUGCCGCCGUUGAAGAUCAGCCCCAUAUCGCGACAAAUGUUUGGCGGCCCAGAGCCUUCCCCCCAGAGCCUCGUUUCGAGCCUUUCGUCGGCAGGAUCCUCGAACUUCGCCGGCUUUGGGACCAGCGUGUCCACGCCUGUGUCCCAGGGAUACCCCACACCGUCUUCUACGAGACGUGGCACCGGGGUCGUUGUGUUCACGGCGAAUCCGUAUCAGCCGCAACACCAACAGCAACGACAACAGCAACAACAACAACAAGGAUAUUACCAAGAUAUCCCCUGGCAGCACCCUUUCGACCCUGCGAUCAACAUGACCCAAUCCCCGGCAGAACUUCCCGGCAGCUCAUCGGUUUCUGUUAUCAGCCCUGCGACGAUGAUGCAGCAUCGCAACUCUAGCCUUGCUUCCGAGUUUGCCCCCGCCGCUACCUAUGGCACCCCAGCUAGGUCGCCGCAGACACACCCUCUGGACAGCAGCGGAAACUUCACAUCGUUGGAGCAACCCGCCGCAAUGCCGAAUCAGCAAGCCGCGCAGCACAUGACGGCCAUGAAAAAUGCACCGCCGGUGAUGUAUCCCGGUCAGGCCGAAAGAGCCCGGGCCGCCUUCCAGCGUCAGCCCUCUCUGUUGGGCUGGACCGGCCCCGGAAGUAGUAUGCCGCAGAACCGGCAGCAGUCGCUUGGUUCGGCCACCAGCAGCAUGCACAGCAUGCACAGCAACAACCAUUCCGUGCACGGCGCGGGCCGUUCCGGGACUUUGCCGACGACCCCUGAGACCUUCGACCCUCAUCCCGUUACCCCCCCUGGUUUUGACCCCCAAGGCCAACAAGCAAACACUAUCCCCAACGCCGAGGAUAUGAACACCAACUUGAUGGGGUUGGGUGCGCAUGCCAACCUAGACGCUAGGGCCGUGCCCAACGCCGGCCUCGCCCAAGUCUAUCAGGAGGAACUUACCGGAGCGGGCGACCCAGCGUACCCCUCGCCGCCGUCCGGAAUGCCCCUACAGCUUCCACGGUAUGGGACAGACUUACACAUGUCCCAAGAAUCGCAAGAGCAGGAGCGGCAGCAGCAGCAACAGUCGCGAAGAACACAGGCUCGAUCCAGUGACCGGAGAGAAAGAAGGCAGCCCAGGCAGAGACGGUGGUUGCACAAUGCCCUACAGCAGGCUCAGUUGCAGCUCACCCGGCCAAUACAGCCGCAGCUCGGCCAGCACAAGCCUCAUCACAACUGUGAGGUUGCGGAUUAUAGCCCAGAGGAAGUCAACCAGAGACUGAUGAACACCAACUUCUACGACCCGCAAAUCCUCAUUCAGCCCUUGCUCUCCGGGCCCUUGCUCUCCGAGCCCCAGGAAAUCCAAGCCGAAGCCCACAUGGCCUGCGAGGCAGACAUUUUGGCAGCCCUCACCUCCCGAGGCAAAGCCCGAAACGAUACCUCGCCCAAAAUUAAGGGGUUCUACUGCGAGCCCUGCGCCAGGGCCUUCGACGGCAGCAGCAGCCUGCGCAACAGGGUGAAAAAGCAUUACGCCACGAACGUGCACCGAGAGAACACGUUCCAGCAGCUGCCAGACAUGAUUCCGUGCCCAAUCACCAACUGCGGCUCCGAGUUCAACAGGAUGGAUAACCUGGUGCAACAUGAUCAACAGGUGCAUAGCGGACAGGGGCUGCCCGAUCGAGGUGGACAGGGACGGGGGAGGAGGGCUUAG